UGUGUGUUUCAGUACGUAGAGGAUAACCCGUGUGUGUGUGUGUGUGUGUGUGUUUCAGUACGUAGAGGAUAACCUUGCCGUCAUGUCCAUUGGCUUCCUACUCAGUAGUCCUGACGAUGCGGUUAUAUGGAGAGGACCCAAGAAGAACGGGAUGAUCAAGCAGUUCCUGCGUGACGUUGACUGGGGGGAUCUGGAUUACCUCAUCGUGGACACGCCCCCUGGCACCUCUGACGAGCACCUGUCUAUCGUCCAGUACCUUAGCUCCGCCCACAUCGACGGGGCCGUCAUCGUCACCACCCCGCAGGAGGUAUCUCUUCAGGAUGUAAGGAAGGAGAUCCGGUUCUGUCAGAAGGUUCAGCUGCCCAUCAUAGGAGUGGUGGAGAACAUGAGUGGAUUUGUCUGUCCCAAAUGCAAGAACACGUCUCAGAUCUUCCCCCCCACCACUGGAGGAGCAGAGAGGAUGUGUGAAGAGAUGAACCUUACUCUGUUAGGACGAGUCCCACUGGACCCCAGGAUAGGUAAGAGUUGUGAUGAAGGGAAGUCCUUCCUGACUGAAUUCCCAGACUCCCCUGCUGCUGCUGCCUACCGCACUAUAGUACAGAGUAUCCAGGCCUACUGCUUGUCCCAUGUGACACGGGAGGAGAGUGCUGGCUAGAAGCCCGUCUGGAGGGAGCCAUGUCGCUCUUGGAUGCCAGGGGACAGAUCACGUGUCAAGGGUCCUACUGUCUGGUGAAUUUUUGUAAUAAACCAACAUGCUCUGGUUAAUAACUGAUCAAGGAUCAGCCCCCCCCCCCCGCCCCCCCUAGUGUCUCAGAGUAGUUCUGCUGAUCUGGGAUCAGGGCCCCAUUCACAAAAGUGUACUGUUACUGAGACUGUGUGAAUAUUGGACCUGAUCCUAGGUCAGUUCUGUUACUUUGAGACUGUUUGUGAAAUGGGUCCAGGUCUCUGACCUUUUUUUUAAAGGGAUAGUUAACCUAAAACGAUGUAUUGUUUUUCCUGACCCUGUAAACAGUCUUGGGACAAAGUAAAACAGCAAUCCAUGCUCUGGUUUUGUCUACCUGGA